AUGGAAGGAAAAUCCGACGUGGAAAUCAUAGAGGAGUACACCGAGCUUCUUGGAAGCCAUGAAAGCCUGUACAGAAGAAAGACAUUGCUUGCAGGUGUUGAAGAAAGAGAUCUGUCCUACUUCAACUUCAUUGGACAGAACAAAUGUAGGAAAACAGUUGUAGGGUUGUUUGGUUUUGGAGGAGCAGGAAAAACAUCCUUGGUUAAGCUGCUUGGAAGCAGAAGUACCAUCCAGGCCACUCGUGAGUGUCUAUCUACAGAGACCCCUUAUGAGGCCGAGAGAAGAUGCACGAUCCAUGUCCAUCCGACCACUGUUUUCUUGCAAAGAAAAAACGGUAUUUCACACAUAAUGACACUUUUAGACACACCCGGACAUGCGGAUCUGAUUCCAGAGACCAUCAAGACAUUAGAACAGGUAGAUACAGUUGUUAUGGUUCUUGACAUCUGUAGAGAUUUAUCUCUCCAGUACGAACUACUUUUUGGUGCUAUUGAAGCAAGUAAAAAACCUUUGAUUGUGGUAUUCAACAAGAUGGACCUCAUUGGAAAAGAAGGCAUUGCAGUUGCAGCUAGCAGGAUAAAAUAUCUUCGAGAUAUUAUUGAAGCAUACUUAAAUCCCAGAUGCUGGUUUGUAAGCUCUUUCAAGGAGUCCAAGCUCAGUAAACUGGAUACAACCAUAGGCAGAUUAAUUGAAGAGUAUGUAGAUGACUUCGAUUCAUUUAUAGAAAGAAUUAUCAGUAAGGAGCCAAUAACACAUGGCGAUAGAGACAAGAUGGAAUGUCUAACUGGGUUUCUAUGGGUUGGGGGAGUAUUAUUGUGCAGCCUUGUGCCUAAAACCGACAUCGGUGUAGGAUUCCAAGUUGAAGUGUAUGGUACUACCCUGACAAUUGAAAGACUCUAUCUUCCAUUUCCAGGAUGUCUUGUGAAAACCCAACAAAUUCAAAGCAAGAUUGGAGUAUUGGCAAAGUUCCCAGAGGACAUGCUACAAAAGGUUGUGAUCCCGGGAUUCCAAAGGGACCCGAGAUUGAUGAAGGAGGUUCUUAAAAGAAAAGGAGUGGAAUAUGGUAAUCCAGAGUUUCUUGAAGUAGAAGAUCCCCUGGUUCGAGUCCAGGUGAGUCCUGAUAAUGAAGAUCACUUCUCAUUGGGGACUUGGAAGUUAAGGUUAAUGUAUCCAAGUCUGAAGAUCGACGGAAAGAUUCUGUAUGGAGACGGGGAGUUGUUUAUGGAUACAGUGCUGUAUGACUUAAGGAAUAGCCUAGGCAUAAAGUUUGAGGUUCUAAGUGUUUCUUCAAAUCUUAAGGAAAUCUUUGGAGUCUCGUUUACAGAGGAAGUGGAUACAGGAAGAGGCCUGGUAGUUGUCAAGGGAGGCCCUACCAGAACUAUGGGCAAAAUCCAUGACUUUGGAGCAGUAGAGAAACGGAUACUGGACAGGGGACUUCUGGCCAAAGAUCCCUUUGUACAUUCAUAUUUAGAAGUAUCUCCUGUGAGCGAAGAAGUGGAGUUGGAAUGUCUUAAAAGGUUGGAGAAUUCUGUGAUCGGACAUGUCUCACUUCUAGAGCCUCUAUAUCUAGUCGAAAUAGUAUAUACUUCAGACUCCGAGGAUUUGGUCAAUGAAGUGAUCACCUCUUCCUUUGGAGAAAUCAUCUCCCGAAAGCCUUCUCCCUUCAACGAACUCAAAAACAUCCUGUGCUACAUCCCUGUUCCAGAGUCGUUUGGGUUUGAGACCGACCUUAGGGUCUAUUCCUGCUCAAGAGCAGACUGCGUCAAGAUACCCUUUUAUUGGCGUCCUGUGGCAGACAAAGACAGGACUCACCGUCUAGCUAGAUUCAUAAGAAAAGCCAAAAGGCCCGAGCCAUAG